AUGAGUACUACAGGCAAGGUCAGCGGGCUCAAACCCCCCAGUAAAAUAGUCCGUCCAUCGGUGGUGCCAUCGAAGACGUCUCCAUCUUCUGGUACUCCAAAGCCAGUUCCUCCCGAGAAGCCCCCCGGCAGCGUGACCUCCCCGACUCAGGAGGGAAGUGCGGACUUUCAGAUCGGCGAGAGGGUCUGGGUCAACGGCAACAAGCCUGGCUAUGUGCAGUUCAUCGGGGGCACGCAUGCGAGGAUGGGAGGGGGAUUUUCACACGGCCUUCAAAGCUCUCCAAGACUGCGCUGCCGGAGAAGGAGGCGAACGGGAGGCAGGCCAGUCCAGCACCAGGGGCCAGUCCAGCACCAAGGGGCCAAGUCCAGCGACCAGGGGGCCAGUCCAGCACCAGGGGCCAGUCCAGCACCAGGGGCCAGUCCAGCACCGGGGCCCAGUCCAGCUCCAGGAACCACUGCGCCGAGCGAGUCUGCGCCUGCUGCUACCUCAACUGCUCAGGGCACCGGCAUAAAGACUGCACUCAACCGAAUGCUCACGUCCAGCGAGUCCGUGUCGAACCUCUCAGACACCGAAUCCAUGAAGAAGACCAAGAGGGAGCUGAGGCUGGGAGACCGAGUGCUGGUUGGUGGUACAAAGGCGGGAGUGGUGCGGUUUCUGGGAGAGACUGACUUUGCCAAAGGAGACUGGUGUGGAGUGGAACUGGAUGAACCACUUGGCAAGAAUGAUGGAGCUGUAGCAGGGACCAGAUACUUUCAGUGCUUGCCCAGGUAUGGUCUGUUUGCUCCGGUCCACAAGGUGACGCGUAUUGGCUUCCCGUGCACCACGCCUACCAAGGCCAAGAGCUCACGGAGGAGGUCCACUCUCAAGAGGAGCCCGAGCGCUUCCUCCAUCAGCUCGCUCAGCUCCGCCACCUCCUCAAUCAGCGGCAAACCCAGCCGAGCAGGACUGCUCACAGAGACGUCUGCUCGGUAUGCCCGGAAGAUUUCUGGCACCACGGCGCUGCAGGAGGCUCUGAAGGAGAAGCAGCAGCACAUUGAGCAGCUGCUCGCAGAGAGAGACCUGGAGAGAUGUGAGGUUGCAAAGGCGACCAGCCACGCAGGAGAGGUGCAGCAGGAGCUGACUCUGCUGAGGAAAGGACGGGAUCAGUAUGCGGUGGAGAUGGAAGCAAAGUUGGACCAGCUGCGUUCUCUGGUGGAGGCAGCAGAUCGAGACAAAGUGGAGCUGCUCAACCAGCUGGAGGAGGAGAAGAGAAAAGUGGAAGACCUGCAGUUUCGUGUGGAAGAAGCAUGCAUCACCAAAGGAGACCUGGAGGUGGCCACGGUGUCUGAGCGCUCCAGGAUCAUGGAGCUGGAGAGGGAGGUGGCGGACCUCCAGCUCAGGCUCCGGGCGUCCCAGCAGAAGGAGGAUGCUGUGUCUCUGUCCCAGCAACAGAUCAGCAGCCUCAAGGCCCAGGCGCAGUCUCAGGAGAAAAAGAUCAGUGAGCUGAGUGUGGACUUGGAGAGCAAACAGAAAGAGCUUCAGUCCGUGCAGCAAGAUAAGAGCUCUCUGGAAGAGCAGCUAACCGGCCUGAGACAAAAGCUCGAGAUAGCGGAGGAGGAGAACACGAGGACGGCAAAGACCAUGCAAGAAUUGGAGCAGAGUGUGGAGCAGUCAAAGAAAGACAACCGGACCCUGAAAGAGGAGAGUCAGUGCAGAGAGAAAGAGCUGAUACAGGCUGUUGAAAAGUCAGAGAGGACGGCGCUGUCGCUUGAACAGCUGACCAAUGAGAAGAAGACACUGGAGACACAGCUUGAGGCUUUGAAACAGCAGAACUCCAAAUACCAGGAAGAAAACGAGCGCAUCGGAGUCCUCUGCAAGGAAAUUGAGGAGCUGAAGCUGGCCUCCCAGAAGUCUCAGCAUCUCGAGGGGCACAAUGAGGACCGCAGCACUCAGCAGCCAGACAUGAAGACCAGAGAAACCAUCUCGAAUCAGGGACCAGCGGGAGAAACAAACUUCCAGAAAUCCACUGGAGCCUUAAUCUCGGAGAAAGACCGGGAACUGGAGACUCUGAGGAAUGAGAUCGCGGUGCUGCGAGGAGAAAACGCCAUGGCCAAGACCCUGCAGUCGGCCGUGGAGACGUUGGAGAGAGACAAAGCUCAGCUGCAGAGCCGCGUUCACAGUCUAGAGCAAAGGCUCAUGGGAAGUCAGGCCUCAGAGGGAGAAGACACUGAAGCUCCACCCUCAGGCGAUGCGGCUCUGCAGCAGCUGAGGGAGGAGAAGGAGUUCGCUGAGGGACAGAUCAACUUCCUGAACAGUGUGAUUGUGGACCUGCAGCGGAAGAACGAGGAUCUGAAGAUCAAACUGAAGAAGCUCGCUCUGGCAGAGUUCAACGGCAAUGACGGGACUGAUGGGUUUGUCGAAGGUGUGUCAAAGCGGGAGAAGAAGGCGACCCCGCGUCUGUUCUGCGACAUCUGCGACUGCUUCGACCUCCACGACACAGAGGACUGCCCCACUCAGGCCCAGAGCCCCGACUCCGUCCCUCACACCACCUACCACGGCAACCCGUCCGACGAGAGGCCCUACUGCGACAUCUGCGAGGCCUUCGGACACGCCACGGAGUCCUGCAACGAUGAUCAGACCUUCUAGAGGCUCCCGAAAAGCUCUUUCCCCUUAAAAGCUUCACUCUACUCUCCCACUACAUUUCCCCACAGUCCAGCCCCGACACGCCUGAUUAAAAUCCCCAUCAGAUAUUUCCAUAUUGUAUUUUUAUACUGUAUUUAUGCAUAUCACUCGUAGCCACUGUCCUGAUCUAAACCCUCUUUCCUCUAAAGAUAAACUGUUCUGACUGUAAUGCAGAAUGCUCGUCCAAAUAUGCUGCUUUGGUGCAAUAUUGAUGUUUAUAACAGAAGGAAUUCGUCCUCUGCACUUGUCGUUUUUAACGUGUUGUUUUUGCAUUUAAGUUUGUUUUUCUAAAUUAAGCAGAAGUGAUGUUUCAGGUUGUUUUUUUUGUUUUUUUAUUUAGCCCAAAAAUGAUGCAACGCAAUGAAGCACAGAUCAAACUGAAGGGAAAAAGAAGCACCUCUUACAUUCCUCCGUCUGCGCGGCUACGAACCAAUCAGAGAGCGAUACUGCCAUGUCAAACCUGUCACUAAUUAUUAAUGUUUUAUGUCUUUUCUUCUAGCGUAUAGACCUACGGGUAUUAGGGCCACUGUCGGAGGAGAAUUUAAGAAUAAAGCUGCAAUUUUACGGAAAAAAGUCCUAAUAUUUCGAGAAAAGAUUUCCAGAAAUAGUCAAAAAUGGUGGAACAACUCCGGUCAAAUCUUAUUAUCUAUUGUUAU